UAUCAUCAGCCAGAUCCUGUCCUUCAUCCAGCACAAAGCCUUCGACGUCAAAGCUCUCAGGGCCUUCAGGGUGUUACGACCGCUGCGACUCGUCUCAAGGGCGCCCAGUCUGCAAGUGGUCCUGAACUCCAUCAUCCGUGCCAUGGUCCCGUUGCUGCACAUCGCCCUACUUGUUAUCUUCGUCAUCAUCAUCUACGCCAUCGUCGGUCUCGAACUGUUCUACGGCAAGCUACACAGUGCCUGCUUUGAGUUUAAUUCUACUGAAUUCUUGGACGGUGAGCCCAUGAUCUGCGGCCAUGGCUACGACUGCGAGGGUCGGGGUGAGUGCAAGGAGGGCUGGGAGGGGCCCAACCACGGCAUCACAAACUUCGACAACUUCGCCCUGGCUAUGUUGACUGUCUUCCAGUGCAUCACCAUGGAGGGCUGGACCGAUAUACUUUACUAUGUAAAUAACGCGAUGGGCAGCGAAUGGCCUUGGACGUACUUCAUCAGUCUCAUCAUCAUCGGAUCUUUCUUCGUCCUCAACCUUGUUCUUGGUGUCCUCAGCGGAGAGUUUUCCAAGGAGAGAGAGAAGGCCAAGGCGAGAGGAGACUUCCAGAAGCUGAGGGAGAAACAACAGCUGGAGGAGGACCUGAGGGGCUACCUGGACUGGAUCACACAGGCUGCUAAGAUCGCCAGCGACAUUGACUCAGAGGACAAGACAGAGGAAGGCGAGAGCGGUGAACUGCAGCAGUCGUGGUUUCAGCAGAAAAGGCUGAGGCUACAGAAACUCAACAGAAGGUGCCGCAGAUUUUGCCGCAAGAUCGUCAAGUCGCAAGCGUUCUAUUGGAUCGUGAUUGUGCUGGUGUUCCUCAACACGUGCGUCCUCACGUCAGAGCACUACGGGCAGCCAGACUGGCUCGACGACUUUCAAG